UGUGGGCGCCCGGGGCACUUUCAAUCUACGUGCACAUUCGAGCCAAUUUGCGUGAUCUGUGGCGGGGAGGGGCAUGCGUCGGCGAACUGCACGUCCCGCGGCAAGUUCCUACGCUUGCAGACCAUGGGGCAUGCCAUUGCCGGGGCUGGUUUCUUUGCGAUUGAGGUGGAUCCGAUCAAGGGGAAGAGCAAUGGGGAGACUUUCUCCGCAGUCAUCAAGUUCAAGGGCACCCCUCUCUCGCCGGUUCAGCUCUCGGAUGAGCUCAAGGACUUGGUGGACGAGUUGUGGGACUGGCAGGUCUGCCGCCUCUCGGAGACGGAGUUCUCCGUGUGCUUCCCGUCUCAGGCCACGCUUCGUAUGGGAACGAGGCAUGGCAAGCUGUUCCUACCUAUCAACAAGGUGGAGGUGGCCAUAAGGGAGGCUUUCCUUAGCCCCAAACCAUCGCUGAGCCUGCCAUCUGUUUGGGUACAGCUGUCCGGCGUUCCGGAGGACUUGAUGGAGGUGGACCGUCUGAUGGCGGCGAUGGUGCUGAUCGGCCGCCCCUUGGAGGUGGACGAGCUGUCACUCCGCAAGUUCCGCACGGAGCCCAUCCGCAUGCGGUUCCAGUGCAGGUUCCCAGAGAGGGUCAAGGGCACUGUGCAGCUCGUGGUGAAUGGGGAAGGCUACGACAUCUCGGUGCGGGCUGAGCUGGGCGGUCGGAGUGGAGGCAACUCUUCGGGGCCGGCCCCCGCUCCGUCGCCACCGGGGGACGAUGACCAAGACGAUGAGGACUAUGACGACCUCUCUCCCUCCGAGGAAGAAUGGAAUGAUCUUGGGAAGAAGGAUACGGAGAAGAGGAACAAGGCGGUGGCAGAGAAGUCGCAGGAUGCUUCCAAGGGAAAGGAGCACGCGCAGGAAGUGCGCGGAGGUGGGCAGGGUGCUGGGGGGUACCACAGCGCUCCUCCGCUGGGAGGGACGGAGUCACGCCUCAGGUUCCUUGAUGAGUAUGGGUCGAACUUGGGGACCGGCGAUGUGCUGGCGUCCUUCCGCCAGCCUCGCUCGCUCAUGGUGCCCGCUGCGUCCCCCCCCCGGCCUGCGGAGCUGUCGACGGACUCCCAAGUCUCGAACCCGGCUCCGGAAGGAAGUGUGGACAUGGGGCUGGACCCUGGGCCGGCUGCGGCUUCGGUGGGGGAGCCGGGGCAGCUCUCGGGUGACGGUGUUGGCGACGCUGACUUGACCGUGGGUGCGGGUGGCGGUGACGGGGAGCUGCCGGCCUCGCCGAACCACAUGGUGCUGUCGCCACCUGUCGGCGGCGUGGUGCCGGCGGGGGCAGCGGAGUCGGAGAAGGCGAUGGGGAAGCUGGCGGCGACGUACUCCAGGGCGCUCAAGAAGAAGAAGGACAACCCGCUGUCCGUGAGGAAGAGCUCAAGACACUCCAAGGCGGCGGCCAACCUUUCGGUGCUCGAGAAGGCCAAGAAGCUCGCCGCCGACAAGAACCUGGACUCAGCAAUGGCGGAUGCUGGUGAAGUGGAAGGAUAGAGGGCUGCUGGACGCGGCGAUGGAGACCCUGCGGAGGCUUCAUGCGGAGUUGGCGGCGCCGGCGGUGAUAUGACAUCGCCAUGUACCUGGGCAGAGUGUGUGUGUUCGUGUGCUCUCUGGAUAUGUUAUGUUGUACUCUAUCCUGUGGUGUGUGGCUCGGUCUGGGGACCUGGUAGGCUUUGUGUCGUGGUUGAGCGGGUACUCGCUGUUCUGGUCGAUGGUGUGGUUUUGGGAGCGGUGGCUCAGUGUGUUGCAUAACUCAUAACUCUGUAUGUGUUGUUGCUUUAUUAAUUUAAAGCAGG